AUGGGUAAUGUUUUGGAUAAUGAAAAGUCCUUCUAGAUUACCAAAGAUUUUACAUUUUGCCAAAAUCUGUCUCAUCGUCAAUUAGGAAAUAUAAAAAUUCAUGAGUACAAGGAGAACAAGGUAUGUAUAAAUGAAUGUAAGAAAGAAAAUUAGAGUGUUUGAAAUACAUUUGGGAACUACUUCUAAAUAGGAGAUGGACAAUUAUUGUAAGAGAUUCGAGAAUAGAAAAUAAUGGAAGAAUGCCAAUUUGGUCAGAUUGUUACAUUUUCAUGAAAAUAGCAAUUCGAUGAUGUGUGCUGAUGUGUCUCAAGCAAUAAUAAUUGGGGAAUACUACUAGAUGACUUUGAAUUCAGAGGCCGAAUAGAAGUACUUAUAGAAUUUGAAUAAGUUUUACCUAAUCAUUUAUGUUUAAUGAAUCAAGAUUGUGGUUGAUAGCCUAUCAAAUAGUAAGUGCCUGUGCUUUUUUGGAAGAGAAGGGGAUGCAUCACGGAGAAUUGAAGACUCAGACAAUCUAUUUGGAUGAAUCAGAGAACAUCAAGUUGAUAGUAAGAAUUGAUUAAAAUGAAAAGGAACACAGUUUCUUGCCUAAUCAUCCAGAUGCAUAUAGUAAAGCGUUUAUUCUGGACGAAUUUCACUUGUUGCCUCCUGAAUAACUGGAGGAAUUAAAACAAUCGAUUCCAGCUAGUUAGAAGAGUGGAGUGAAGGGAGAUGUAUUUACUUUGGGAUUGAUUCUGUUGGAGUUGGCUGCUCAAUAAUGUAAGGAUUGCCGAUAUGUUAAGCCUCGUCUGCAUACUAUAAUUGGUAGAAGAAGGUGGUAGAUCUGGAGUAGGUGAAGAAGAUGUGCGAUAUGCUGCUGUGUUUGGGAUAUUCGAGCAUAUUUUAGAAGUUGAUUUUGCAGAUGAUUGAGGAGUGUGAGAAAAGACCAACAUUUGUGGUGAUAAGGGAUGGAUUAUAGAGAUUGGAGAAAGAUAUUUUGGGAGGCAUUCAAUUUUACAAGAAUCACAUCAAAUAGGAAAAGAUGAAUGAAGCUAAUAAAAAAUAGUUUCAAACAUUUGGAUAAAAAAUGUGAAUACCAAA